UGUAUUUUAAAUUCAUUUUAUUUUGUAUUAUUUCGAUAUUUUAAAUAAGAACUUAGAUUAAGAUUACCCCUGUCAGUCCGAAAAACAACCUAAAAAAAAUGGAAGAUAUUGCUCGGUUAAGCGAUGGCCCCUACGAUAAAAUGGGUGCUCAAUGGUUAAAAGAAUUCGAUGAUCAUCCUGGAGAUAAUAUUAUUGAAAAAGCUAUUUCUUUUGGUGAAAGAGGUCUUUUUAUUGGUGGAAUUUAUGGUGCAAUAUAUGGUGCAAUAUUUCCGCCAGCAGGAAAUGUUAAUGGAUUUUUUUACAGUCUACGUCAAAUUGGAGCUGCUGGCUUAGUAACUGGUACAGCUGGACUUGUUUUAGGAGCUGGAGUUCCAAUUGUGCAAGCUAUUCGUAAAAAAGAUGAUCCCAUUGCAUGGGGUAUAGCUGGAUUAGCUUCUGGGUCUGUUUUUGGACUAAGAAGUGGAAGAGUUGCUAUAGCCGUGCAAAGUGCAUUUCUACUAGGAGUUUCUAUGAGUUUGAUUAAAGCAGCUGGGACUUAUCGUGAACCAGUUAUUGAUUACACUAAACACUUACGUCAACCACCAAAGCUUUAUAAACUAGUAGAUGAGAACGGUAACAUAAAAACUUCACAGGAAUGGUAGCGUAGUAUAUUUAUAUAUAUGUAUGUGUGUGUAUAUAUAUAUAUAUAUAUAUAUAUAUAUAUAUAUAUAUAUAUAUAUAUAUAUAUAUAUAUAUAUAUAUAUUAACAAUAUUAAUUUGUACAUGUUUUUAACAAGGAUUUAUUGUAUAGUAAUACAACUUUAAAAGCAA